CUCUCUGUGCCUGCAGAGCGUCGUGGGCGCGGUCCACGAGGAGCUCGUAGCCCUAGAACGCACCUGCGCCAUGGUAACAUCGGUCGUCUCUCCGCGGCGAUCCAUACGCGCCUUCUACGACGGCGCGGCUGGGGGCGGCGGCCUGCACGGGGACGGCCUCGCCGCCGCGCUCUCGGAGGAGGCCACCGACGCGGCCUCCCUCCCAGGCGCCCGCACGUCUGGCACUAAGGCGGCGAAGAACGUGCUCAUCCUCAUGAGCGACACCGGCGGCGGCCACCGCGCCUCAGCCGAGGCACUCCGAGACGCCUUCCACCUCGAGUUUGGCGACACCUACCAGGUGUUCGUGAGAGAUUUGGGGAAGGAGUACGGCGGCUGGCCUCUGAACGACAUGGAGCGAUCGUACAAGUUCAUGAUUCGUCACGUGCGGCUUUGGAAGGUGGCGUUCCACGGCACCUCCCCGAGCUGGGUGCACGGCAUGUACCUCGCCGCGCUCGCCUACUUCUACGCCAACGAGGUGGUGGUCGGGAUCAUGAAGUACAAGCCGGACAUUAUCAUCAGCGUGCACCCGCUCAUGCAGCACAUACCGCUGUGGGUGCUUAAGUGGCAAAGCCUGCAGCCCAAGGUGCCCUUCGUCACCGUCAUCACCGACCUCAACACCUGCCACCCAACAUGGUUCCACCACGGCGUGACUAGGUGCUACUGCCCCUCGGCCGAGGUGGCCAAGAGGGCCCUGCUCCGGGGACUAGAGCCGUCCCAAGUCCGCGUCUUCGGGCUACCGAUCAGGCCCUCCUUCUGCCGUGCCGUUCUUGACAAGGACGAUCUCAGGAAAGAACUUGAAUUGGAUUCUAAACUUCCUGCUGUUCUACUGAUGGGAGGAGGUGAAGGGAUGGGUCCGGUGGAAGAGACUGCCAGGGUCCUCGGCGAAGAGCUCUAUGAUUACCGGAGACGCCAGCCAAUUGGGCAGGUUGUGGUCAUAUGCGGCAGGAAUCAGGGGCUGCGGUCCACCCUGCAGUCCCUGAGAUGGGAAGUCCCUGUCAAGAUCAGAGGGUUCGAAAAACAGUUGGAGAAGUGGAUGGCCGCUUGCGACUGCAUCAUCACAAAGGCUGGUCCUGGUACAAUUGCAGAGGCGUUGAUAAGAGGACUUCCUAUUAUCCUGAACGACUUCAUCCCUGGACAGGAAGUUGGAAAUGUGCCUUAUGUCGUGGACAAUGGUGCCGGGGUGUUCUCCAAAGACCCAAGGGAGGCUGCAAGACAGGUUGCCCGGUGGUUCAGUACAGAUGUCGUUGAGCUCAAGAGAUACUCCAGUAAGGCGCUGAAGCUAGCACAGCCAGAAGCGGUGUUUGACAUCGUGAAGGACAUCCACAAGCUCCAGAAGCAGCCAGCUGCGGUGACCCGGAUCCCCUACUCCUUGACCUCAUCAUUUUCAUACCAUAUAUGAAUUCAGGAAAAGUACUACAGAUAAAUAUUAUGCGAACUGGAUAUGCCUUGGAACUUUGAUCUGCCUGCUGAAGAAUCUGUAUAUGUAGGAUUGACAUUCUUUGGCCUUGGAGUAGCUCUUCUAUAGUUCUGUCCAUAUAUGUCAAUGUAAUAAGAAUUGAAGUUAUGGAGUUACCUGAGGCUUGUAGUUGCUGAUUUAAGGGUCUUGUGGGAGAGAAAUUACUAGAGAGCGUCUGUGGCCUCUAGUGAUUUCAGUGAUCUUUGUACAAGUGCCAUAUAUAGAACUACAGUAUGUAGCGAGAUUAUUUGUAUUGGCAAUGGGAAUGUGCAAUAUAUUUCUCGCUA